AUGCCAGGAGUAGGUGGCUAUCCUGGCAUGAUGGGCGGUAUGCCGAUGGGCAUGCCCGGGAGUCCGGGGCUAGGUGGCAUGAGAGGUUUAGGGGGAUUGGGCGGUGGCAUGGGGCCUACUGGAGCGGGCGGAAUGGGAGUUAGACCGCCAUCUGGCAUGCCGCCGGAAUACACGUCCAAUCCACCAAUGCCUCCUCGCUUUGGUGCUGGCGGAGGUGUGUCGGGGCCAGGCAUGAACCCGUACACAAACCACCCGGGACCACCAUCCAGCCAGUCAUCGAGUAGCGUUCCUGAUCCACCUCAGGCGACGCGACGACACUCCGGCAGACGGCCAAGACACUACGAACACAUCCCCAUGGGCGCGUAUGCCAACGCCGAGAAGUCACGGCGGCCUCGGGCGGAGCCGCAAACGUCAGCCCGUUUGAACCGCGGUCAACCUUUUCACAAGAAAGUUGGACCAUCGGGGAAAGAGUGGAUCGAGGGCGACAACGCCUGGCUUGAUGCUUGUACCUGCACCACAGACUGCAACUGCCGGAAAAGCCACCGCGUACUAUACCGUGCCCAGAACGAUCCCCAGCACCAUGGCAGCGACUCCAACGAAGACGAACAAGACCACCUUCGCACUAGCGGUGAGAUCAGAUACAUACUGAAAACCGACCUGGGCCGAGACUGCGGCGAUCACACAGCCUGCAAAAAGAGCAGCAGUGAAAGCGACAGCAGCAGUAGCAAAGACGAAAAGAGCAAAAGGAGAAAGAAGAAGACGAAGAGAAAGUCGGAUGAGAAAGAAGAUAAGAAGCGCAAAGACCAGUUCGACACACUUAAAGAUGACAUCUUGGAAGCGCUGCAAGAUCUCAGGAAAGACAGUCGUCAACAACAGCAACGACGUCAGCGUGACAGUUCCGAAAGUCCCGCUAGACAACCUUUCGGCGGCCCGAACAUGGGCCAGCGUGCUUUCAUGAUGAACAAUGGCGGUGGUGGUGGUGGCAUGGAUAUGGAUCCGCGAAUGGCACAGCAGAUGGGCAUGAUGUCCGGUGAUCCAUACGGCACCACGGGUCGGAUGCCACCUGGCAUGGCUGAUCCAACAGUGACGGGUGGUAAACGGGGUAUGAUGCAUCAUGGCAUGGGUGGUAUGGGCAUGGGCAUGGGUAUGGGCAUGGGAGGGGGCAUGGAAAACGACAUGUUGUCAGAAAUGGACGACAUGGGGCUAAACAUGAACAUGGGGAAUCCGUAUAUGCAAUCUGCCGGCGGCGGUCUCCUAGGCAAGAAUGGAGGUAUGCGGCACCCCUUCCUGUCGCAUCGAGGGGCGGCCAAAGCAGGCAGGCAGUUCAAUAAUGGGGGCAUGGGUAUGGGCAUGGAUAUGGAUAUGGAUCAGAUGGCGGCCAUGUACGCCAAAGCCAUGGGGGUUGGAGGCCGCGGAGGCAUGAUGAUGGGCGGUGGACGCAAUCGAGGUGGAGGAGGUAGACGAGUCCACUUGGACACAUCGUCUGAUGAGUUCGAUCUCGGACCAGGACCUUCGAUGCGGUCGUCAGGCAUACGACAUGAACAAGGCGGCGGCGGCGGCGGAGCAGGAGGAAUCCGUGACCGGGCCGGUAAGUAA